CGCAGCCCACGUUAGACGACCUCCCUCUCCGUCGUCUCUCCCAGAACAGCGAUCUGCGUCCUCCACCUCUACUGCGCCGGCGCCCCAGCGCUCCUCCCCCGACGCGCACUCCCCUGGCCCCUGCGGCACCUCCUACCCGCUCCUCUACUAACGCACCGCCGCCCCGCCCGAGGCGCCGCCGCCGCCAGUUGUUGGAUCCCUCAGACUGAAAUGCUUACCAAAGGGAGGAGAGUUGCUGGAAGGGGUGAAGACAUGUCUGCACAUUAUGCAUUUGGGCCACAUGAGGAUGAUGCGAUUAUUAAACACCGGCUUCUGACCAGGACUACAACUACCAGGGGCGAACCACCCCUAAAGAAGCUCCAAAAGAAGUUCAUGUCCUUUGCCACCGAGGUUGAGAAGGAUGCAGACAAUACAAGUGACUGUGAGAAGCUGUACAAGGCCUUUCUACAGGAAAUUAACACGUUUGAGCUGCCUCUUCUUAAAAGCAAGGCUGUAGUUGAUGCAAACCUUAGGGAGAAGGAGAGCUUCAAUGAGCUGCAGGUUGAGAUCCAGCGGCAAAUCUUGCAAGCCCAGACUGAUAUUGAGGAUCUUAAAAAGCAACUUGAACAAAGCAAGAUUGAGAGGCAGCACAAAGAGGAGUGUGAAGCGAUCAGAAAACUGAUAUCCAUGCAGCCUCCCCGGUCAGAAACCGAGAAACUCAUCGCUGAUCUUGAGAAGGAGAUAGCUAAUUUGGAGGCUGAGAGUGCAGCAUGUACAAGGACAUUAGAGCUUAGGAAGAAGCAGUUUGCUCUUCUUCUGCAUGUGGUGGAGGAAUUGCAAAUCUCAAUCGAAGAUGAGCAAAGGAGCAUAGCGGAUGAGCUGAGAGCCGCCACUGAAGAACCAAAGAUGAGCAUAGAGGAGGGCAGCGGCGGUGCUUCAGAUGCAAUGGCUGUAGACUGAUCGGUUAUCUUAGCACUAGCGAGUUGCAUAUCCUGCACGCUCAAACAUUCGUAGUAUUGGGGCACUGUAUCUUUAUUAGUACUUUGUAGGAGACGACCCCUUUUGAGCGUGAUGUUUUUAUUUUUCGGCUGUAAGCUGUGAUCGACGGUGAAACUGUUCCCUUGUUUGUAUGAAGCGAAAGAAGGAUACAUUGAGGCCUGAAGUCCCCACCUCUGGAUUCUAACUUGUAGCGUAAUUAUUGAAGGCAACCGGCGGUGCCAACACUGUGCUGCUUUUGCUAUGGUUUGUAGUGAGAGUACCCUGUCAGAGUGUUUGAGUAGUGAAUGUCUCUUUUUCUCA